AUGCCUGGAGCUCCUCAGGCUCCAAACUGGGAGCACUGGGAGGUGGCACUGGGGGCACCUGGACCUUCUCGGACUCCAAACUGGAGGCACUGGGAGGUGGCAGUGUGGGGUGUGCAGGUCCUGGGGGUGUCACCGCCGGGGGUGACGGAUCCCUGGGGUGUCCCCUGUCCCCAGGACGGUGACACCAAGGUGGAGUACCGCGCCUGGAACCCGUUCCGCUCCAAGCUGGCGGCCGCCAUCCUGGGAGGCAUCGACCAGAUCCACAUUCGCCCGGGGGCGAAGGUCCUCUACCUGGGUGCCGCCUCGGGGACGACCGUGUCCCACGUCUCCGACAUCGUGGGACCGGAGGGACUGGUUUACGCCGUCGAGUUCUCCCAUCGCUCCGGCCGCGACCUCAUCAACGUGGCCAAGAAACGCACCAACGUCAUCCCCGUCAUCGAGGAUGCCCGGCACCCCCACAAGUACCGCAUGCUCAUCGGCAUGGUGGACGUGAUCUUUGCGGACGUCGCGCAGCCCGACCAGUCGCGCAUCGUGGCCCUCAACGCCCACAACUUCCUGCGCAAUGGUGGCCACUUCGUUAUCUCCAUCAAGGCCAACUGCAUCGACUCGACGGCGGCGCCCGAGGCCGUCUUCGCCUCCGAGGUGAAGAAGAUGCAGCAGGAGAACAUGAAGCCCCAGGAGCAGCUCACGCUGGAGCCCUACGAGCGCGACCACGCCGUGGUGGUGGGCGUCUACAGGUGCCGCUGGGAGCUACUGGGGGGCACUGAGAGAGGGGGCCAGGGUGCUGGAGCAGGGUGA